CCUCCCCGAGCGAUGAGCUAACUCCCGCCACCCGUCGCUACCACCGCAUUCAUGGACAACUCCUGCCUCCUCGACCUCCUCAUCCGGUGCUUCGCGAUGACCGAGCCCGAGGACCUCAACUUCACCGCGUUCACGGACCUCUGCCGCCUCUGCUCGCUCAAGAGCGGACCUCGUCUCCACAUCUUCGACAAGGAGGCUGAGCAGAGGCAGAUACUAUUCAAACUUCGCACUUGUCUACCCACUAUGCAGAUAUCGAAAGAUGACUUUUUGCCGAAGAAGAUUUGCGAAAGGUGUGUCACGAGGCUGGAACAACUCUACGAAUGGCGGCAAAGUUGUCUCAACACGGAUUCCGUGCUGAGGAAUUAUGCUGAGUCUAUGAGGAUCGUCACAUCGACUAUCAACUUUCAGGAUGGCACCGUUAAUAUGGAUAAAAUGACAGAAGCACAAAAAACGGCAUAUUUAGAAGCACAUGUAGCAGUUCAACAGCAUAUGGCGCAAGCUGCUGCUGCCGCUCGCCGUGAGCAACAACAGCAGCAACAGCAACAGCAGCAACAACAACAACAGCAGCAACAACAACAGCAGCAGCACCAACAACAGCAGCAGCAGCAGCACCAACAGCAUCAGCAACAAAAUGCCACAACAAAUAGCAAUCGACACCAUCAAGAAAUGCAGCAACAACAACAGCAACAACAACAACAGCAGCAACAACAACAGCAGCAACAACAACAACAGCAACAACAACAAGCACAAAGUGCUAGUACUCAUCCGGGUCAUCCAUCACCACCAACAGUUAGCUCCACACAACAUCAUUAUACCACUAUAAAUUCUCCAAUAAAAGUACCACAAGUGAGCUCCAGUACCGGUGGCCCAGAUUCUACAUUUACAGUACCAGAUGAUGUCGGAAUGGGAUUUGAAGGAGGAGUUCGUGUUCUACAAAGCCUUGGAAAUUGUUACGACAUCGUCUACAGGUCGCCGGAAGUAACAAAUACAAUUCCAAGACCAAAUUUAAUACCAUUUACGGAACCAUAUACCGAAGGUGGAUCUAUGCACCCUGGAACUCGACUUAAAGCAUUACAAGGAUCGUCUGUUGUGAGAAAACACCCCGCAAUCAAACCUACAAGUUCAACGAGUGAAAGUAGCAAAGCAUUUGAAUGUACAGUAUGUGGAAAAGGUUUGGCUCGUAAAGACAAAUUAACAAUACACAUGAGAAUACACACAGGUGAAAAACCAUACGUUUGCGAAGUGUGUAAUAAAGCGUUUGCGAGAAGGGACAAGCUGGUACUUCACAUGAAUAAACUAAAGCACAUAACGCCGUCCAAUAUAGCUCCACUAGGUAAACGAACUAUAACUAUACCGCCUUUAAAGUUAGAUGACGUAAAGCCUCAAUUAACUAAGCAAGAAGAUACAAAACCUAGCCAAGCUGAAAUUGCAGCUGCUGCUGUAGCUCAACAGCAGCAACAACAGCAACAACAACAGCAGCAGCAACAACAACAGCAGCAACAGCAACAGCAACAACAUUCCCAUCAGCAGCCUAUACAGGUCUGCCAGGUACCUGGACACAACUUUACGAAUACAAAUCUAGUCCACACAAGCGCGGCCAGCGCCGCCGUAGCGGCUGCCACAGCCGGCAUGGUAGUAUCUUGGUCCUGUGAACUUUGUGGCAGACUUUUUGCUACUAGAGAAGAGUGGACUGCUCAUGCAAAAUCACAUUUACCAGACAACAAGCUCUUACAGGAUAAGAUGCAGGCGACACAACAUCAGCAACAAGAAAAAGUUCAUCUAACGAACCAGGAAAAACUUCAGUUGUUGCACCAUCAUAACCAGAAUCAACAGAUAUUAAAUGGGCACGGCAUAGCCUCGGCAUCAGUGUCUACAGCUACAGUGGUUAAUGAGAAUAGUGGCGGGACCUAUUUCACGCAUGGUCAUACACACUAUGCACCAGAGAGGCAGCAUACACAAGCACAUCACUUGUGUCUAAUGUGUCGGCAGGAAUUCGCGGGAAAAGCCGAGUUUAUGUUCCACGUGAGAGGACAUUUUGAAGGUAAAGUGAGUGAUAUAGCGGCGGCCGAUGUUCUGGCCAGAUCGCUAGUGGAUAAUUCCGGACUGUGUACCUGAAACGGGUCCACGCCCGUCGGUGCAUUUCAAUCAGAUGUUUACGGGAAGGGCGUGGUACAAGACGACACGAUAAUGUUAAAAUUUUAAAUUUAGAAUCCGUGUCUUAAUAAAGUGCUUACUAAUUUCGGAGCCGGAAGUUAUCAUUUAUUUUGUGGUAACUUUAGAAGUCUACGUACUAAAUCAAAUACAUUACAGAUUGAAUAAAAUUAGUAGCAAGGCAAUUAGAGAAAAUAAUAUGUAUAUCUACAUUUUGUAAUGUACGUUUACAUGAACAAUAGAAUAACAAAGUUCCUUAAUACGCUCGUUUAAAUUUCAUUGUUGACAUUAACUAAAGCUAAGCUAAGAUAAGGGACAAGUGUAAAAAUGCGUUGACUACUUAACAAAAUAAAUUAUUUAGGAUAAGAUUCAGAGUCGAGAAUUGGAAUCUUAUCCAUUAUUCGUAAUUAUAACGAAUGUCUAUUAAGCCUUAGGCCUAGCGUCCCACAUUCAAUAAACAUUUAUCAUAAAAGAAAUAACCAUGAAUAGUAUAGAAAUAAAUAAAACACGUAAAUAAUUAAAUUACAGUGAAGUGUAAAUUCUUAGCUUAAUCUUGUAUUUGUAACGCAUUUACGUAUAAUAAUUAGUGUGUUAAAUUAAGCAGUAGAGUUUCAAUUACUAAUUGUUUCAAUUUUAUGAAAAAUUUAUACUUUAUUACCGAAAUAAAUACGUUGACAAAAUUAUUCCAAAUAAUACAACGAAUUUUGACCAAAUUAGUCGUCUCUCUCUCAAAUUAAACUCGGCAAAAAGUCUCGGCAAACAAAUUGUCCAGGAGAUAAGCGCAUUUUAAUACGUAGUAAGUAUUUCUAGAAGGAAUAUCCUUAAAACGACAACUUACGAAGCUGACCAAAUUAUUUGCCGGACACUAUAUUAUCGUAUUUAACAAAAAAACAUGUACAAAAACUCAUUAGAGCACAUGUUUUGGCGUGUAAUUUAAAUUCAGUUGAUAAUAUCUUAGAGGCGCACCUGUAAAAUUAAAAAAAUCAAUUAUUCUUAUUCAUAAAUAGUAUCUAUAAAUGUAAAUAUAUCUAGUUAUCUAGACAGAAACGAUGAGUGCAUCUAGUCAUUUGUAAAUAGUUGACUGCGGUCGUAAAACUAACAUAAUUAAAUUAAGAUAUGUAAAUAGUUUAUAAGUAAAUAUAGAGUUAGUUUAACCAAAGACAAAAAUACUGCCAUAAUUUGUCACUGUCAUACAAAUUUGUAAAAAUUUAGUUCCUUUUCCUAUCCAUGAUAAUGUUUAUUGAUUCAGUUCCUAAAAAUCUUUGAUCGUCGUGAAUCUUAGGCGUGAAUCACAAUACGUUGAUUUUCUUUCUCUCUGUUAACCUCAAAACCUAUAGUGGUUAACGGUAUUAAUUGCAAGAAAACUUUGCCUAUAUACCCGUGUAGCGAAUUAUACACCUCACUUCAUUAUACUCUCAGAUUUAGAUAAAUUGAAACAAACAAGAUUAUGCUAUACGUCGCCAGAUAAUUUUAAUCUAUUU